UUUCUCAUUGCAAGUUUCGUUCUAGCCAAAUAAAGGAGGGCCUGAUCAUGGAGCAGGACCCAGAGAGCCGGGACUCUAUCGAGAACUUUACCACUGACUAUAAGAUCAUAAGAACCCUGGGAAGGGGACGAUUUUCAGUGGUAAAAAUGGCAUACCACAUCCCAACCCUCACCUGUGUAGCUAUAAAAGUUCUCAAGAACACCGAGAAGUGCUCCUCAGUGAUGAGCAGGGAAGUUGACAUUCUAAAAUCCCUGGGCCACCCUCAUAUCAUCAAGGUGGUCGAAGUGGUCCAGACAAGAGAGGCCACCCACCUGGUCAUGGAGCAUGCCUCUCAGGGAGACCUACUGGACCGAAUCCGGGAAUGUGGAUAUUUAAAAUCGUGGGAGGCCCGAAGAAUGUUUAGACAGAUAUUAGAGGCAGUACAAUUCUGCCAUGACAAUAAUAUUGUCCACCGAGACAUAAAGGCCAACAACAUUGUGAUAGACGGAAGGGGGAAUGCCAAGCUCUGUGAUUUUGGCCUCGCUGCUAAAACACUUCCUGGGCAGAAGCUGAUUGAUUUCUGUGGCACACUGCCAUACUGUGCGCCAGAAUUCUUUGAAGCUGAGGAAUAUGAGGGCCGCCCAGUUGACGUAUGGAGUGUAGGUGUCCUCCUCUUCUUCAUGGUGACUGGGCACUUGCCUUUCCUAGGCAAGUCAUUUGCAGAGGUGAGGAGACAAAUCAGUUCAGCCAAUUUCAGCAUUCCGCCUCAUGUUGCCAACGAUAUUUUCAAUGUUAUAGUGGAAAUGCUGAUGAUAAAUCCCAGCAGGAGGCCCAGCAUCCAGCAAAUUAUGAUGCGCCCCAUGAUCAAAGACAGCCAGGCCUACUCACCACCGACAUCCAUACAGACGUUCACAGCAACACCAAGCCCUAGCAUCAUCAAAGCCAUGAGAGUCAUGAGGCAUACACCUGAGAAAAGCACUGAGUCUCUGAUAGACCAAAAUAUCAAUGAGGUGCUGGCAACACACUUGAUUCAACAGCACAAGCCACUCAGGAAAGUCUGCACAUACCACCAAGUGGAGCCAGGUCUAGAAGAUCUUUACUCCUUCCCUCGUUUUCUUAAGAGAGAGGGACCUCUUCUCUCCUCCUUCACCUUGUCCUCACAUUCAUCCAAUAUGCGGGAGAAGGAGGAUAGGAAGAAUUCCAGGAAGGUUGUCAGAAGCCAUGCUAUGGGCUACCAGCAAACAAGGACCAACACUCUCCAGCCCGACCUCCUGGACUGUCCUAUAGCUGAAGAAUUCAAGGAUAACAGGCUGCAAACCAGGAAGACAUUCUCAGACUCCAAGACUGUGUUGUCUUGUAGUCUAACUGAACAUAUCCAGUCACCUCGACUUCAAUACACCUAUUCCACUACAGCAGACAGGAAUGUGUCCUCCUUCAUACCGCCACAUGAUUUCUGUGCAUCACUGCAGACACCUAAGGGCAUAAGCCUUGCAGGCUGCUCUGGAGAUACCUGGCAGAGAGAGACACUCGUGGACGAAAACACCUUCAUCAAGGAAGAGGCCAUGGUUCAUGAAGAUACCGUCAGUAGUGGCCAGCCACAAGUUCCUUGCCCAGCUUCCCGUCGGGGAUGGCGUCACCACUGGAAGGAGUUUAAAAAGACAAUUAGUAGAAGCCUUCGAAACCUGUGCUGCUGUCUGCCACCACCAUCGGAAAAUCAAGUCUCCCGCAAUAACUUGGCUCUCAGGAAGAGAGGAGAACAUUGUGUCACCCACAGGACGAGGUGGGUGCAUGUCCUCAUUCAUUUCAUCCAUAUUCCCUCUUGUCCUUUGUGA